AUGGCGCGCCUCGGGCUGGAGGACGGCGACCUCGUACUGGUCACCAGGAUCGCGUCGUCGCUCCCCAAGGCCGCGUCCAUCAUGCUGCGCCCGCACACCGCCGACUUUCUGCGGGCCAAGAACCACAAGGAGCUGCUGGAGCACUGCAUGAAGAGCUACUCCAUGGUCACCGUCGGCGACACCAUCGCCGUCUACGAGGGGGACACCAGGUACCUCCUCGACGUCGUCGACGCCAUGCCCGCCCACGCCGUCUCCACCCUCGACACCGACUGCGAGGUCGACUUCGCGCUGCCCCUCGACUACGUCGAGCCGCCGCCCGUCGUUGCUCCGGUCGUCGCCGCCGCCCCAUGCCAAGACUGCGCCGGUGGCGAAGAGCGGCGGUUCGUCGGCGUCGGGAUAAGGAUGGACGGCAAGCCUGUGGAGCAGGCGCCGCCCCCUGCGCCGCCGGCGGGUUCUUCGGGUAAGGGCAACAAUAUUGCCAGUAGUGAGCAUGUGCUUCGGUUCUUCGGCGGCCGCGUCGGCUCGGGGCCGCCCGCGGGCGCCAAGUCGGCCAAGAAGAAGGUUGACGGCGAGGAGGACAAGGAGGCCAAACGCUUCGCCGGACAGAAGUAUACCUUGUAG